AUGAUGUCUUAUCUCAAACAGGCCCCGUACGGGAUGAACGGACUGGGCCUGAGCGGAGCCGCCAUGGACCUGCUGCACCCGUCUGUGGGAUACCCGGCCAACCCGCGGAAGCAGCGCCGGGAGCGGACCACCUUCACCCGGACGCAGCUGGACAUCCUGGAGUCGCUGUUCGCCAAGACGCGCUACCCGGACAUCUUCAUGAGGGAGGAGGUGGCGCUGAAAAUCAACCUGCCGGAGUCCAGAGUGCAGGUGUGGUUUAAGAACAGACGGGCCAAGUGUCGGCAGCAGCAGCAGAGCAGCAGCAGCGCCAAGGUGAAACCCAUGAAGAAGAAGUCGUCUCCGACCAGAGAGAGCACCGGUUCGGAGAGCAGCGGCCAGUUCACCCCGCCGGCGGUGUCCAGCUCCGCCUCCUCCACCUCCUCCGCUUCUUCUUCCUCCUCCUCCUCCUCCGUCGCCUCCGGUCUCGGCGGUCCCGGUCUGAUCAGCACCUCUACCUCCGUCACAGCGCCGGUGUCGUCCAUCUGGAGCCCGGCGCCCAUCUCUCCGGCCCCGGCUCCGGCCACGCUGCCCGACCCCGCCGCCCCUACCAGCGCCUCCUGCAUGCAGCGCUCCGUGUCGUCCUCCGCCACCGGGGGGACGCCCUCCUACCCGGUGUCCUACAGCCAAACGGCGGCGGCGUACAGCCAGGGCUACCCGGCCUCGGCGUCCGGCUCCUACUUCGGCGGGGUGGAGUGCGGCUCGUACCUGGCGCCCAUGCACUCCCACCACCACCCGCACCACCCGCACCAGCUCAGCCCCAUGACCGGCAGCUCCAUGUCGGGACACCCGCACCACCACAUCGGGCAGACGUCGGGGCACCACCACCAUCACCACCACCCGCCGCACCACCACCAGGCGUACAGCGCGCCCGGCCUCGCCUUCAACUCCACGGACUGUCUGGAUUACAAAGAGCAGACGGCGGCGUCGGCCUGGAAGCUCAACUUCAACGCCUCCGACUGUUUGGACUACAAAGACCAGGCGUCAUGGCGUUUCCAAGUGCUGUGA